AUGGCAUCUCAAAGUGGAUUAUCUGAAUCUCAGCUGGAUGUUCGUGAAGCUAUUCGCCAACUCACUUCUCAAUUCUCAAACGAUUAUUGGCGUGAUUGUGAUAAAGAAUCCAGAUAUCCACACGAACUGUACGACGCUUUAAGUGAAGGACAAUGGAUCGGGAUCACGCUACCAACGCAAUAUGGCGGUGCAGGCUUAGGGAUUUCAGAAGCAGCAAUGAUGUUACAAACGAUUGCAGAAUCUGGAGGAGGAGUUUCAGGAGCACAAAGUAUACAUGCCAAUGUGUAUCCGAUCAUGCCUUUGAUAGAAUUUGGUUCGGAAGAACAAAAGAAUGAUUGGUUACCUCGCAUUCUCGAUGGUAGAAUCAGAAGUUGUUUUAUGAUUACUGAACCGAACGUUGGAUCAGAAACGCUGAAGAUCAAGACUACGGCACGUAAAGAGGGAAACAAAUGGAUCAUCAAUGGGCAAAAGAUCUGGACAUCCUCUGCUCAAGUUGCUUCACAUGGUGUUAUUCUAGCACGUACCAGCGAGCCAACGUCCACUUCAAGAUCGGCAGGAUUAUCACUCUUUUUCGCACCUCUUCGCAAUUCCGCACCAAAGACACCCAAAACGCAAGAUGAUGAAAGUAGUGCAUUACGUAAAGGAAUCGAGAUGCACAAGAUUGAUAAGAUGGGAGGAAAUGCAGUUGAUGCAAAUGAAGUUUGGUUGGAUGAAUUUGAAGUUUCGGAAGAUUGUUUGAUUGGAGAAGAAGGAAAAGGAUUCAAGAAAGUCUUGUUUGGAAUGAAUGCAGAACGGGUGCUACUGGCGGCGGAAUCAUUAGGGACAGGCUAUGCUGCUUUACGACAAGCAGUCGAUUAUGCAAGUCAAAGGGUUGUCUUUGGCAGAGCUAUUGGUCAAUAUCAAGGUGUUCAACAUCCAUUGGCAAUGGCUUGGGCGAAUCUAGAAGCUGCACGUCAUUUAACGUAUGCUGCUGCAAAGCUAUACGAUGAAAGAGGAGGAACGCCAGAACAGAUUGGAGCACAAGCGAAUUCAGCCAAACUUGUGGCAAGUGAAGCAGGCUUCAAAGCUUGCGAAGCAGCAUUGAUGAGUAUGGGAGGAAUGGGAUAUGCAAAAGAAUAUCAUGUUGAAAGAUAUUUGAGGGAUAGUUUCGUGCCAAGAUUGGCUCCUGUUUCACGAGAAAUGGUGUUGAAUUACCUAUCAACGAGCGUAUUGAAAUUACCCAAGAGUUAUUGA